UGAAACAGUUUAAAAACCCAAAAGCUAUCAUUUUUCGCAAUGGGUUCGUAUAAAAUGCAGCAACCUCGUAAGGGGUUUCAAUGGAUACCCUAAAGAACGAAACUUACAAUCAUUACCUGAGAUAGAGAAAUAAGAAAAUUCAUCUCCUCCUUCAAUGAAAUCAGUUCGUUUUCCUCUACAUGUUUCGUGGACAAGUGAUUAUACAAACACGCAAAUGUCUGCGUAUGCUGAUUGAGCAAAUUCCGAUAUCCAUAGACAAGGAACCAAAACGAGAGUGAUAGAUCGCGAGUAACAGUGUACCGAUCGGAGACUACGCUGAUCUAUCAGGACGCGGAGACGCGAAUCCGUCCCUCCGGUAGCCAUUCCUCGCCGGCGAUUCUUCUCUAUCGCCGGGAAAAGAGACGCAAUAAUAUUUCAAUUUUCUUAUUCCUGUGUUGGUUGGUUGCCGCGGUGUCGCAGACGACGAAACGCUGCGUUUUAUCCGAAGGAGAGCAUAAAAUGCUGCGUUUCGUACGGCCAGAUGAUUUCAAGUCCUUUUUUCGGAUUAUGCCACUGACGAAGGAAGUAGCUACUUCCAUAGCAGAACUUACACGAAAAUGCGCCUCCAUCACCUCCCUAAAGCAGGCGCGUCGGCUCCACGCGCUCAUCAUCACCACCACCGGUGUCCAAUCUCCAUAUCCGAACAACAAUCUCAUUUCUAUGUACGUGAGGUGUGGUUCAGUACAAGAAGCGCGUAAGGUGUUCGACAAAAUGCCCCAGAGAAACAUAGUUUCCUAUAACGCGCUUAUUUCGGCUUAUGCCCGGAACCCAGAUUAUGCAAAUUUUGUUUAUGGGAUGAUCCCCCGGAUGGAAUCUGAAUCCUUGAGGCCCAAUAGCUCGACCUUCACGAGCUUAGUACAGGCCUGUGGUGUGCUUGAUGAUCCUUUGAUGGGUUCCUCAUUACAUUCGCAGACAAUAAAACUUGGAUAUUCGGAUAAUAUAGUUGUGCAAACAUCAGUUCUGGGAAUGUAUUCGAAUUGCGGGAACUUAGAUUCCGCAAAGAGAAUGUUCGAGUGUAUAAAUGAUAGAGAUGCCGUCGCGUGGAACUCUGUGAUAUUCGGGAGCUUGAAAAACGAUAGGAUAGAAGAAGGGCUUAGUCUUUUCAGAAGCAUGGUGAUAUCUGGUAUUCUUCCAACGCAGUUCACAUAUUCAAUGGUGCUGAAUGCUUGUAGUAAGUUGGGAAGUUUUUCCAUUGGGAGAUCGAUCCAUGCCCAGAUGAUAAUCUCAGACGUUUUAGCUGAUUUACCUCUGGAAAAUGCUCUUCUCGACAUGUGUUGCAGCUGUGGCAAUGUGAAAGCAGCAUUCUACGCCUUUGAUAGGAUUGAAACUCCGAAUUUGGUUACCUGGAACUCGAUUAUUUCAGGGUGCUCAGAAAAUGGUUGUGGAGAGGAAGCUCUUCGUAUGUAUAUAAAGAUGCGGAGAAUGUCUACACCUGAACCGGAUGAAUAUACUUUUGCUGCCAUCAUUUCUGCUACCCGGGAACCAGGAUUUCAUAUACAUGGGAAGCUCCUUCAUGGACAAGUAACGAAAGCAGGAUACGAAAGGAGUGUUUUUGUGGGAACCACACUCUUGUCCAUGUACUUCACGAACGGAGAUGCUGAAUCUGCGGAGAAAGUGUUUGGUUUGGUCGGAGAAAAGGAUGUUGUUCUCUGGACAGAGAUGAUCGUAGGGCAAUCUAGAAUGGGCAAUGGCGAAGAUGCAAUCCAACUCUUCGCCAACAUGUACCGAGAAAACAACAGAAUUGAUGGUUUUGCACUGAGCGGUGUCUUAGGAGCAUGUUCAGACAUGGCAAUGCUGAGACAAGGUGAAAUGUUUCAUUCCCUUGCCAUGAAGACAGGUUUCGAGAACGAGAUGUCGGUAUGCGGGGGUCUAGUAGACAUGUAUGGCAAAACGGGAAAACAUGAUGCUGCAGAAUCAAUAUUCUCGAGUAUUUCAAAUCCGGAUUUGAAAUGCUGGAACUCGAUGUUGGGGGUGUAUGGUCAACAUGGAAUGGUAGAGAAGGCACUGAAUUUCUUCGAACAAAUCCUAGAACACGAUCUUAGACCCGACCCAGUGACAUAUCUGUCAUUGUUAACAGCCUGCAGCCACAGCGGCUCAACACAAAAAGGCAAGGCCCUGUGGAAACAAAUGAAGGAGAAAGGCAUCAAACCAGGGCCUAAGCAUUACUCUAGCAUGGUGAGCUUGGUAUCGAGAGCGGGAUUACUAGAUGAAGCUGUAGAACUCGUAAAGGAGUCGCCUUUCGCAGAUGGGCGUGUAGAAUUAUGGAGAACUCUGCUAAGUUCAUGUGUCGAAACCCGAAACCUGCAAUUGGGACUUGAGGUGGCUGAGCAAAUCCUGAAGCUUGAUCCUGAAGACACUGCCACACAUAUUCUGGUUUCGAAUCUUUACGCGGCUAAUGGGAAAUGGGACGAGGUGGCAGAGACGAGAAGGAAAGUUAGAGGCUUGAUUUCUGGUAAGGAUCCUGGAUUGAGCUGGAUUGAAGUGAAGAACAGUGUCCAGGCUUUCACCUCUGGAGACCAGACCAACCAUGAAGUCGAUGAACUACAUAGGUUGAAGGAUAACAUGUGCAAAUCUUUCGACGAACACGAUUCAAUGAUCACCACGGAUUGAAAUGCUAAAACUAUUGUUUGGAUCGGAUUAAAGAUUCAACUGAGUGUAUUUAGACUGUAAAAGUAUCGGUUUUUCCAUUCGAAAUCAGAGUCGGACUCUAUGUUGGCACGGAUGUGGUGCUAAUAACUUAAAUCUAAAUCGACCAGACACCACGAUAGAGAAGAAGAAGAAACGAAACCCUCGGA